CGUGACGUUUGACAACAAAACGAAGGGGGCAUCAUUAAUUAUUCAUUCAUUCGCUGUUAGCUACGGGCGUCGGUCGUCGUCAAGUGGGCUGCGUCUUCCAGCAUCCCCGACGGGCUAUACGAUGCAUAUCUGAAUGAAUCUGUGAUAUAUCUAGAAGCAAUUAUACUCAAUAUCAAAGCAACGAACAACUUCCAACCAAGUACAUAUCAGUAUUCAUGUCACAAAAGUCCCAGGUGCAUACGCUUGACCUACAUUCCAACUAAACCUGAUUUGUCUCUCCUAGGAGAGAAUCGUCACAAUGGAUAAGCGAAAACUCGAUAAAAAGAAGCCAGAAUCACCGCCCAAAUUAGAAAAAGAUACAACGCAGCAGAAACAGGAAUCUCAAGAAAAGACUACACAACCAGUCGAAGAAUUGAACUGCUUCUACGAUCUGCGAACGAAGCGUGGCCAGAUACUGUUCUUUACCGUUACUGUACUCGCGGCUACUCUGACGCAAUGUCUUCCAAAGGACGCGUUUGCAAGCAUUCUGCAGGUUGGGGAGCAGAGCGAAGCGCAGGUUGCUUCAUGUAAACCGGAAGUAAAAACUGUGGAAAGGGUGGUUACCAAGGUUGAAGAGCGACCAAAAUAUUGGAUAUAUGGACGGAAUCCCGCCGGUGGUCAUUUGGUACACGUGACGAACGUGCUCGAUAGAUUAGGCGUUAAACACGUCGGUAACGAUACGGACGAUUGGGAUUUGCUGUGGGCACAUGAUUAUCCGUUCAGGAAGCUGGAUCUGUAUCGCUUGAAGCCACACCAACUAGUGAACCACUUUCCAGGAUCGGGAUUUAUAACCAAUAAGGUAGAUUUAUCAACAACAGACAUCAAGUACAUUCCAAAAGCCUUCAAGUUGCCAAGUGAACAGGAGAAAUUUAGGAAGUACGCGCAGGAAAACCCAAGCAAGCGAUUUGUGCAAAAGAAUAACCAACAUCGACAUAUCCAAAAAAAGAUAGAGGAAAUUGAUUUCAGUAACAACGAAACCUUCAUUCAAGAGUACAUUGACGAUCCUCUGUUGGUGGAUGGCUAUAAAUUCGACAUUGGAGUCUACACGGUCAUUACUUCGAUUGACCCUUUACGUAUUUACAUCUAUAAAGGAGACAUUUUAUUCAGAUACUGUCCUUCCAAAUACUUUCCAUUCGAUGCGGAGAAUCUAGACAAAUACAUCGUCGGUGAUGAUUACCUGCCAACUUGGGACGUUCCGGCUCUAAACCCAUUCUACACCAAGCUCGGACACGGCAUGAAGGACUCGUUUGAUGCGUACAUUCGUAGUACAGGUCGCGACCCUACGACAAUCUGGGAACAGGUCGAAGACGCAAUUCGGCUGGCAAUUCUCAAAAAAGAGCCGCUUCUAGCAGGGAUUCUUCCACGUUACGCUAGCAAACGAAACUUUUUCGAAAUGAUGCGGUUCGAUUUGGUAGUAGACAACCAGCUACGAGUUUUUCUCAUGGAAGCCAACAUGAGUCCAAAUCUUUCGUCUGCUCACUUCAAGCCGAACCGUCUUCUGUACGAACAGGUAAUUUACAACUUUCUCCGUCUCGUCGGCGUUGGAUCCGAUUUGCGACGGGAAUCGUUCCGCAAACGGUCCACCGAGACAGAGGCGAUGCUUUCGUCGCUGAAGAAUCUAGUUACCGAUGGGAACCGUUGCUCGGAAGCACCCUGUCUGGAAUCCUGUGCCCCGGAAGAAUGCAGUCUGUGUGUAAGCUGUCUCAAUGGUGCGGAUCUGAAAGAUCUGCACUCAGCCUACAGAGAACAUCUGAACCGCGGAGACAUGAAGCGAAUAUUUCCAGUGCCGAAAACGGACCAGAGUCGACGGGUUGACGAAGCGGAACUGAGUCCCAAAAACCGGUGGAUGAGUCGCUGGUUCGAUGAAAAGUGCAAAAUAGACACGUCGUACUGUUAUUAGGGGGAGGGUAGCAAUCUCAUUCAUCAACACUCAACGUACUUAAAUCAUAGUAUUACUAUUUCAGUAGUGAAGGAUUUCGUAUACGCGAACGUUUUAAUAGUAGUUUGUAGCAACACUAGUUAACUUGCGGAGGCCAAUGUAGACAAUAAACGCAAGAUUUUACCCCAA